AUCUUGUGGGCGAUUCCAAUCGACUGGUUGAGAUGGAUAUUUGUCAUCAUAGGAAUGGUUUUAUCAGGUUCAGUGCUGCUUCUGACGUUUUGGCCUGCAGUAGAAGACGAUGACAAAAAGAUUGCUAUUCUGACAAUGUUGUGCAUAUUUGUUCUACAUGGCCUACUGGCGAUUGGUUUUAAGCUGUACUUCUUCCAUGGUCCUCCUGAACUUCACCGGAUGGGAACACCGUCUACGACAAUAAGAUCAUUAAAUACAACAACAUCGCCUUCGUAAAAAAUAUAUAUAUUACACAUGCAACAUGGUUAUACUGGGUUAAGUAAAGAACAAUGUUAAUAGACAAUUCAAAACUUUAAGAUAAUGGACUAGCGACGGUGUCACCUUGAACAAUAACUAUGGACGUCUGCGGUCGUUUCAACGAAGGGUAAAAAACGCUAUUCAUCGGAUAAAUCCUUUUCCARCUUAUAGAAUCCCAUACGAAAUCUGCCCUUCGCACAAAGGGAUCAUGGAUAUAGUUAGGUUUUCAUAUCGUUUUUAUUGCCUGAGAGUACUAUGCAAAACGCAACGAAAACUCAUAAGUGUCACGCUACCGAAGGUGUGACCGUCUUAAUUGUUCGUGACAAGUACGUCAUGACAUGUAUUGAAUAUAUUAAUAAAGAAAUAAGUUAAUGUCAAAUAAAUUAUAGAGAAAUAACGAAAAA